AUGCCAAUAUGUGCUUGUGGAAAUUGUGAUCUAGCCAUCGUCACUUCCUGGUCAGAUCGCAACCCUGGAAGGCGAUUUUGGUCUUGUCUUCGUAAUGAGAGAAGGUGUGGUUGGAUUGGGUGGUUUGAUGAGCCGAUGUGCCUUAGAUCGGUGGAAGUGAUACCUGGGUUAAUCAGGUCUAUGAAUAAGCUCCAAGAAUCUCUUCAACAAGCUACACUGCAAGCUAGGAUGUAUAAAUUAAUCAUUCUCUUCAGUUGGGGUCUUUUUGCAAUUCAUUACUUGAAGCAUGGUCGAAGUUGCCUCUGA